AAAAAUUUGGUGUUGUUUGGUCAUUAUUAUGCCGGGGUCAAACUCCAAUUAUAUUUUUAGGAUUGCACAGUCUUUGAGCCGGACUCUGUACUCUGUCAUUGACAACAUGUCUCUCGUAAAGUGUGGAGUGUUUUUCACACUCGGUGCAAUUUUGUCCUUUGGAUUAGGGUUUUCUUGCCAAAUAACAACUCUUCUAAUUAUAGCUACAUAUUUAGCUACUGGAGGCUGGAAAUUCAUAUGGGUAGUGAUAAAUACACUACCUAGAGAUGCUAAGGCAUUGACAGUAUUAAUCAAGUUAAAGUUGGCCACAAAGAACCAUAUCCAAAAUAAUAUCACAAUACCAAUGAUAUUUACAAAAACAGCCAAGAAACAUCCAUCAAAGCCUUGUCUAGUGUCAGAAGAAGGAACACUUACAUUUGAAGAAGUUGAGAAUCUGUCAAAUCAGAUAGCUAAUUACUUCUAUCAAGCAGGAUAUCGUAAGGGGGAUGUGAUAGCACUAUGCUUCCCAGAGAACAGAAUACAAUAUGUCUGUUACUGGUUAGGGUUGGCAAAGAUUGGUGUUGUAGCAGCAUUAAUUAAUUACAACCAGCGAGACAUAGCACUUUCUCAUUCUAUAAAUGCAGCAGACUCAAAAGCCAUUAUAUUUACUCAGGAUUUAUCAGAUGCAUUGAUCGAUGUUGCUUCACAGAUACAAAACAAAGUUAGGUUUUACUGUACUGGGAAUAUGUCACCAAAUCAAGUCUUGUCAACAGUAAUGUUACAGUCAGAACUUACACGCAGUCCUACAUACCCUCCACCUGCUGUCAAAGUAGGUUACACAGAAAAAUUAUUUUAUGUAUUUACAUCAGGAACCACAGGGUUACCAAAGGCAGCUAUAAUUAGUCAUUCCAGAUUUUACUACAUGACAGUUGGUGCUACUUCCUUAGCUAAUAUGACAGAGAAUGAUGUUCUCUAUGAUACAUUACCGUUGUACCAUACAGCAGGGGGUGUGGUAGGAGUUGGUAGUAUGAUAGUUUUAGGGUGUACACUAGUCGUUCGUAAGAAAUUUUCUGCAAGCCGAUUUUGGGAUGAUUGUAUUCAAAACAAUUGUACUGCUGCACAGUACAUUGGAGAAAUAUGUAGAUACUUAUUGGCUACUCCAGCAAAACCUACAGACAAUCAACAUAAAGUCAGAGUUAUGUUUGGAAAUGGUCUAAAGCCAGAAAUCUGGAAAAUGUUCCAAGAUCGAUUUGGUGUUAAACAAAUGGGUGAAUUCUAUGGAGCAACAGAAGGAAAUUGUAAUACAAUGAAUCCAGAUAACACAAUAGGAGCAGUAGGCUUUACUACAAUGAUUGCUCCAUUCCUUUAUCCUAUCACUCUGAUUAGAUUUAACAAAGAUACUGGAGAGUACCUCAGAGAUAGAAAUGGCAUUUGUAUAAAGGCAAAACCAGGUGAACCUGGUGAAUUGGUAGGCAAAAUUGUUAAAGGUGAUGCAUUAAGAGAAUUUGAUGGAUAUGUUAACAGACAAGCAACAGAUAAAAAAGUGUGUCCAGAUGUUUUUAAAAAGGGAGACUUAGCCUUCUUAACAGGUGAUGUAUUAAUUAUGGACACGUUUGGAUACUUUUACUUCCAGGACAGAACGGGUGAUACAUUCCGGUGGAGAGGAGAGAAUGUAUCAACGUAUGAAGUAGAAUCUAUCAUCAGUAAUCAUAUACAACUUAAAGACUCGGUAGUUUAUGGAGUAGAAGUGAAAGGUUUAGAAGGUAAAGCUGGUAUGGCAACCAUUGUUGAUGAGCACAAAACCCUUGAUCUUUUGUCCUUGACAAAAGCAUUACAGAAAUCUCUGCCUCCCUAUGCUAGACCAGUGUUUAUACGACUGGCAAGUGAAGUUGAUACAACAGGCACACAUAAAUUAAAGAAAGUAGACUUAGCUAAAGAAGGAUUUAAUCCCAAUAUUAUCAAAGACCACCUGUAUUACCUGAAUAGUAAAACACAACAGUAUGAACCAUUGACAGUACAAGUUUAUAAUGAUAUAUGUAGUGGGAAAAUUAGACUAUAACUUUUAUCUGUGGGGAAAGAAUAUGAAUGGCAGCUAGGUUUCAGGGAGAAAUACAUUUUUGGACUAAAACUCAUUCCUUUCUUCAAGUUUAUUAAAACAAAAAAUUGACAAGGACUAGUGACUACUUGGUGAGAUAAAAAAAAUCAUGUGUUUUGAAAGACAUUGUCGGUUUUUAAUUAAUGAACGUUUUAUAAGUUUGUUUGUUUAUUGUGUAUAUUAUGAGAGUUAUUCCUUGAAAAAUUCAGAGAAUUAAAUUUUAAUUCAAGCAUGAUAGUAUGACAAUUGUGAAUAUUAUGAGAGUUUUACAAUAAAAUUGUUAUUGUAUGAUAUGCCUCA